GUAAGAUUUUCUUUUUGAAUAAAUAUACAACGAACGUUGCAGUAUGUGUAGAAUUUUAAUCAAAAUUCGAAUAAGCCUUCCAGUUGUCAAAACAUUGAGAUAAAACGUGGUUGGGAUAUUGAUGUUUAAAAAGUCGUACCAAAGGAAAAAUGUCCAGACGGCGAAGCCCUAGGUUGCACGAUAAAAAAGAUUUACAGGGUGAUUCAACAGAUGAAAGUGAAUCAUUAUCCGAACGUGAAGAAUCUCCCUUUAGAGUGCCUGAAAAUAAAUCACUUCCAGAACAGAGAAGAAUUUUACAUCCAGUUGAAAAUAAAAGUAAAAAUCGUCUAGAACAGCAUACUGCUUAUAAAGAUGAUUAUGAAGCAUCGCAGGAAAGCUCAAAGAAAUACCUUUUCCAUGUGUUGGCAGGUCUUUUGGUCAGCAGUAUAUUGACUACAAUAGGUGCUGUGAUUUUUGUCAACUUCUCGUCAUACUCUACACUCAAUAAGCCAGAUUUGAAUUAUCCCAGAACCAAAGUCAUAUUAGCAGUGGAUGAAAUAAGAAAAAUUUAUAAAAAUCAGAACAAAGGUACAUUUGAACACAUAACAGUGGGUCUUAAUUCGACGCCAUCUGUUUUCAUGUUGAUUUACAACGGCAAUAAAGAAGAAGCCGAGUGCAUUCCUUCAACGAUAAAGAAAUAUUUCAAAGAACAUUUUCAUUUCGAGAAAGAACCAAUAGAAUUGAAAGGACCGGAGAUUAAAGAAGAAGAACAAUUUGACUUUCUUGAAGAGUACACAAGCAAAUUAAAUAUUAGCAAGCUUAUGAUUGUUUACAAUCUGGACGGCAUGAGCGCAGAUGUGGCGGAAAACUUUCAUUCGUUUUGCGAUGUUGAAAAUCCUCUGAUACCAGAUGCUGUUAUAAUAUUUACAUUGAAAAUUGGCGAUAAACUUUAUUUACAAAAUAAAAAUCCUCUGAAGAAAGCACGUACAUUUUUAGAGGAAAAAUGGAAGAAUCUAAGUGCCUAUGCUCGAGACACAUUGAUAACAAGGCUGAUCACUAAUGCCAUUGAAAUUAAUAAAGAAGAUCAUUUCUCCUGCCCGUAUAAGUGAUGUGAUAUAAUUUAAUUUGAAAUUGUUAAACACAACAUAAAUUGUACAAAACAAAAUUACAAAUUUAUUAAACCAUC